AUGUCGAAACAGAAAUUAAAUUUCGCAUUCAUCGGGUGUGGGGGCAAUGCACGUGGACACGGACGCAGUGUCUCAAGUGUCGAAGGUGUAGAGAUUGUUGCUCUUGCCGAUCCAAGUGAAGCUUCUCUUGAUGCGUUUAAAGAGACCGUCGGUUUGGAAGAUUCACUUCCCACUUACACCGACCACGUUGAGAUGUUAGAUGCCGUCAAACCGGAUGCCGUCGUCAUUAGUUCACCGCACGGUCUCCAUUUCCAGCAUAUUAUGGAUGCGCUUGACGCAGGAUGCCACGUCCAUACCGAGAAACCGAUGGUCUGCACGGUGGAUCAUGCCAAGCAGGUGAUUGCGAAGGUAGAAGAGACCGGUUUGCACCUGAUGAUAGGUUACCAACGGCAUUUGAGCCCUACCUAUCAAUACUGUCGCCGAGUGGUCCAGAGUGGUGAACUCGGGCGCGUUAACUUCGUCUCUGCACAUCAGUCUCAGAAUUGGUAUCGGAAUCAACAGGGCAAAUGGCGACAAGACCCGUUUCUCGGUGGUGGUGGGCAACUGAACGACUCAGGGAGCCACCUGAUUGAUAUUCUCCUCUGGGUGUUGGAAGCCAGUCCCGACACUGUCUUCGCGAUGAUAGACAACUUAGACAUUGAAGUAGAUGUCCUCACGGCGAUGUCGAUUAAGUUUGAUACAGGUGCCUUGUGUAAUAUCAGCAUUGUCGGACAUGCGUAUGGCGGCGUUCGAGAAGAUUUUUCCAUCUGGCUUGAAGAGGGCGCGCUGUAUCUCCGCGCAGGUCAGCUCCACCGCCAAGAAGGGGACGGGAAGUCGGAACUUGUUGAUGACUCUGAAAUGCCGGAACAAGCCAACAAGGAUGUCGCUUUUAUUGAACUGAUCCGUGGUGAACGGACAGAGAAUCCGAUCGGUGUUGAAAACGGAUUGCGCGUCAUCCAGUUAACCGAAGCUGCCUGGCAAUCCGCCGAACUCGGCAGACCCGUCAAGGUCGAUCUGAGUUGA